UUAAUAGCGAGUUUGGAUUUUGAUGGGGAGUUUCGCAACUCAUAUGAUUAAAGCAGUGUGGUUUUCGCUGUUCCCACUCUCAGGUCGCUUCCUCCUCGUUUCGUCGGUCUCGUUCUCCCGUGCCUCCCGUGCCUGCAGUGUGCGUGCCUGCGUGCCUGUGUGCGUCAGUCGAUCGGCCAGGGUCAGUUCGAACGGUAAGCUCCUGUCAGACGUGCGCGGCCAGACAGCCUGCUCCUUCGCCGUCUUUGGAGCUUCUCUCAAACAGCGAUAAUGCCGAUCAAGAGGAUUUACGCUCGCCAGAUCUUCGACAGCAGAGGAAACCCAACCGUGGAAGUCGACUUGCUGACUGAGAAAGGACUGUUCCGUGCUGCCGUGCCAUCCGGAGCAUCAACUGGCAUCCACGAGGCCCUUGAACUGCGCGAUAAUGACAAGACCAAGUACAUGGGCAAGGGCGUGUCCAAGGCCGUGAACAAUGUGAACCAAAUAAUUGCGCCCCAAGUCGUUGCCAAGAACUUUGACGUCACCGACCAGACAGCCGUUGACGAAUUCAUGAUUCAGCUCGAUGGCACCGAGAACAAAGGCAAGCUGGGGGCGAACGCUAUUCUCGGCGUUUCGCUGGCAGUGUGCAAGGCGGGCGCAGCACAGAAGGGCGUUCCACUCUACCGCCACAUUGCCGACCUAGCGGGCAACUCGAAGGUGAUCAUGCCAGUGCCCUGUUUCAACGUGAUCAACGGCGGCACCCACGCCGGCAACAAGUUGGCCAUGCAGGAGUUCAUGCUCAUUGCAAAUGGCGCCACCAGUUUCACUGAAGCCAUGCGCAUGGGCUCCGAAACUUACCACCACCUCAAGAACGUCAUCAAGAAGAAGUUCGGCUUGGACGCCACUGCCGUUGGUGAUGAGGGUGGCUUUGCCCCGAACAUCCAGGACAACAAGGAGGCCCUGGAGCUGAUCACGGAGGCCAUCAAGGCAGCUGGCUAUGAGGGAAAAAUUCACAUUGGAAUGGACGUGGCUGCCUCUGAGUUCUUCAAGGAUGGCAAGUAUGACCUCGACUUCAAGAGCCCGAUUUCCAACCCCGAAAAUUACGUCGACCCAAGCCAACUCCAGGCUAUGUAUGAGGAUUUUGUCCGUUCUUACCCUGUUAUUUCUAUUGAGGACCCCUUCGAGCAGGACCACUGGGAUGCCUGGACUACCUUCAACGCAUCCACCAAGAUCCAGAUUGUCGGAGAUGACUUGACCGUCACCAACCCCAAGCGGAUUCAGAUGGCAAUCGACAAGAAAGCCUGCAACUGCUUGCUCCUCAAGGUCAACCAGAUUGGCACCGUCACUGAGGCAAUCAGGGCUCACCAGCUGGCACGCAAGAACGGUUGGGGUACCAUGGUGUCCCACCGCAGUGGCGAGACUGAAGAUUCGACGAUCGCAGACAUCGUGGUGGGUCUGAGUGCAGGACAGAUCAAGACCGGCGCCCCCUGCCGUUCCGAGCGUCUGUGCAAGUACAACCAGCUGCUGCGUAUCGAGGAGCAGCUUGGAAGCAAUGCUGUCUAUGCCGGAGAGAACUUCCGCCACCCCCUGGAGUAGGCCAAGCCCAAAUGGAAACACUGCCGCCAAACCCCUUAACCCUUCCUAGACACAUUGUAGCGGUGACAAGCCAGUCUUCGUAACAGCCUCGUUUCUUCUUUGCCCCGGUGCUUGAGUCUGUUCUUUUUUUUUUUUUUCCUUGGAAGUCCCGCUAGUCACCAAAAAUAAAAUUUGGCAGUGCUGAUCUGUUGUGGUCACGAGUCCCAGGUGCCAUCUGCCUCGAGCAUUAAAGGCAUUAUUGGCAUCACGCAGUGGCAUAGGCAUUAGAAGGGGCGACUUGAAGAUCCAGUGAAGCACUGCUGUGUAUCGCUGCAUGCUAUUGCUUUAGCAGGCAUUUUUCAAGUUCCUGUGUGGCGCGAGUUUUGGAAAUCAGUUUUCGUCUUCCUACUUGACCUGUUCCUCUGCUCUUUCUCUACGUGUGUGUGUGUGUGUGCGUGCAUGUACAACACAGCCACUCUCUCUCAUGUUUAGUGAUCAAAAUCUCCUGGGGCUGUGCAGCCAUUUGAGAAAGUUGCGUGAAUAAAGGUAUGAGAAAAUUCA